AUGGCAUACGGAAUCAGAACUUCUGGCUCACCUUCGAGCAAAAUCAGGGCUAGAGCCCACAGCGCAAUCGGUACACAUAGGCUAUCUCCAAGGCCGCUCCAAAACAUCCUUUAUCCGUACCACAGACAGUACAGAUCAAUUUACAGGUCCUCUAACACGAGGACAGCGACACGUUUCCCUCCCGUCAUCGAUAAACAUCCAUGGCACUCACACCAGAAAAGAUUCCACGGGCCGGAAUCCAUGAGGGUCAGCAUAUUUUCCGAUUACCUGAGCAGGAAUCGCGCACUGAUCACCCUCAUGGAGCUUUUGCACACGCUGCCCCUGUACGGUGUGAACUCAGUCGUCUGGAAGAUUAACAAGAGGGUUAAUGCCACUAACACAAGCCCAGAACUACAAACAACAGUCGCAUCUGGAAGGGUUCUGAACAUCAACGGGUCUCACUACUUGGUGGACGACAACCCGCGAAACGACCAAUACUAUCACGUUAGGAACGUCGAUCACACGAUUCGACCGUUCAGAGCUCGAGUAAAUGGAGACCUAUACAUGGGAGAAAACCUGGUCCGACAGGAUGUAAGUCCCAUAGGCUCAGUUAGGGGAGAGUGGAGACACGCACAUCCACUAAACGAAGGAAGUAGCGCCACGCUAAGCUCGGAUCCAACGAUGGAUCAGCUGUCGGAAGGGCUGGCAAACCUUCAGAUUUACAGACCAAACGUUGAAGGCCCCUUCAGAAAUAUGGUCCCAGGAACAGUUAACUUUUAA